AAACUUCGCACUGUAUCAAAAGGAUGAAAACAGUUUUAUACGUUACGUAUAAGAUAUUAUUACUUCACUCGCUUUAUGGGCACUUUUUCCCAAUGGAUUUGCAUAAUCAUCUUCUCUACAAAGCGAUAUGUACACUGUUUCUUCUGAUUUUAAAAUCAAACUUAAAUUCUCCAUGUGAUCGGGCUGAAUAUGAAACAGAUGGACAAUGUUGUCCUAUGUGUCCACCUGGCACUCGGGUUUACAGACAGUGUACAGAGUUCACCAGUACUUCCUGUGUACCAUGUAUUGGAUCCACUUUCACCAACAAACCAAAUGGUCUGAGUUACUGCUUUCCCUGUACAGUGUGUGACCAAGGUCUUCUUGUAAAGACAGUAAAGGAGUGUACAGCCUCUUCAGACACAGUGUGCGGAGUCCUGGAAGGGAACUAUUGUAUUGAUCCUUAUGGGGGAGGAUGUAGAGCAGCACAGAAACACACAACCUGCAAACCUGGACACUUCAUCAGACAACCUGGAACAGACUCUGCUGACACUGUGUGUGAGAACUGCCCUGAAAACUCUUACUCAAAUGGGUCUUCUACAUCCUGUACACCACACACAAACUGUGAAUCCAAAGGACUUUCCCCAGUCAAGCCAGGAAACAGUGUGUCUGACUCUCAAUGUGGACAGAAUGGGGGUCCUGUGAUAGCUUGGAUUGUAGUUGGAAUAAUUUUUGUGUUAUCACUAGUUGGAGGCGGAGUUGCACUGUGCAUAUUCAGGUUCAGCACAAAGAAAACCAACUCUAGUCCAUCGGGGCCGUUAAAACAGGAUCAGCAGGAAAGGCCACUCAAGCAACGAGAAGAAACUGAAGUUGAUGAGACACGUAUUCCUGCUCAGAUCCCCACAAAUUGUGGAAUAAACAAAGAAAGGAAAUUUUGCACUGAAUUAAAUAUCUCACCUCAGUCUGUUGAGGAUAGAUCAGACAGUGAAGAUGUGACAACUGGUGACUUCCGUAAUGUCUUAUAAGAAGAUGGAAAAGAAUCAGGAGGCUCUGAAGCCCAUGAAAUAUCACCCACUCACUCAUGACCCAUAACCACUUAUCCAAAGGCAGGGUUGCAGCAGUCUGGAGCCCAUCCUGGAAGCACAGGGCACUUGGCUAUUCAGUGUUCAUCUGGCCAGGAUGCCAGUCCAUCAUAGGGCAAUGACACACACAUUAAGGGCAAUUUAAUGUUUCCAA